CAACCAGCUGUAUCCGUCGAUCUGUGGUUUGCAUACAUAUAUUUAGAAAGGAACCUUGAGCGUAGUAUAGAUAGGAUAUUUCAGAGCUUUAUCAAGAAGAAUAAAUAUCGACACCAUUUUCCAAUUCUUGCAGGAUACUUGUCAACUGACUUGAUUACAUAAAUAAAUCCAUAAAUCUGUUUGUAACGGGCUUGAUUUGACUUAUUUACUAAAACUUGAGCGUUGUUGUUCCACCGCUUCUUCAGAUGAGCUUGUGCUAUUCAUCCAGCUUUGAAGAACUCUCGAUCCUUAUUAAUUGCGUUGCCACCAUCUCGGCCAUGUUGGACUGGACCCUCGACCCGAACCCUUCGAGCUUCUUAAGCCCCCCCGGAGCUGCUGACCAGCCCAAUUCGUCUGCUCAUACUCCAGCCACUACUACUAACGCUAACACUAACACUACCCAUGACUCCAGCAAUGUCCCCAUCAUCCUUCGCUAUGCUCUUCAAUCCUUGGCCACCCUCAAGCCUCCCAACAUAGACGACUUGAUCCAUGAAGCUGCCGUCGAGUUCCAUCUGGAUCCAAGGUCGAUCUAUCUGGCCAUAUCCAUCAACCAAUGCCCCGUCAAGAUCAGUCUGUCCCUCUACCGACGCAUAGCACCGCUCAGCACGAUAUAUGUUCAGCAUCACACCCCUGCACCGAUCUUCAACACCCUCCAACCCGGCGGGCCUUCUGAGCCACUUUCCGGGCCCGACACCUCCACGAGUACCAGCAGCACCAACACUACCAGUGCUCCGAGUACUACUGCAGCUACCUCCAACAACGGCCAGACCAGCAACAGUCGCCCUCCAGCUGAACAAGCCAUCCAUGAUUUCCUCAACAGCUUCGCGACUGCCUCCACUGUCCAAAAUCCGCCGCAACCCGCUCCCAUCAACGAUCCAUCCUCGGCUGUCCAAAACCCACUCAAUGGCUCGUCUCCCCCUACCAUCGCCAGUCUGUUAUCCAGCUCCAUCCCGCCCAAUGGACUAGACAGUUCACAGCCAUCCUCCUCAACCGCGCCAGGUGGACCAAACGCCAUAACAGCUGGCGCUUUCACUAAUCAGACCAACCAGCAAAACAUGCCGACAACUACUGGCAACAACAGAACCUCCAAGAAGAGGUUCUUGAUCAACAGUCUGGCCAGUGCCAACACUCUCAACCAACACCCUUCUCAACAUCAGCCGCAACAGCGCGGGGUCUCCCAGGGGCAUGACCAAGAGUCCAGCCAGAGCCGUCGAUCCAAGUUCCCCUUCCUGGCCAACCGAAGACCCUCCGCCGGCUCGCCCUCCUCCAGCUCCACCCUCAACCCUUCGUCCUCCGCCAUCUCGAUCGCCGACUCGCCCUCCGAUCACUCCCCCAGAUUCUCCGCUAACGGCCCGCCCUCUAGUCAUGACCCCUCUAACGAUAUCUUCUCCAUGGACUUGUUCAACUCUCUCUCCUCGUCCUCCUAGCCGUCAUUCUCACUAUCGAAUUCGGGACACACUCGCUCUUCUUCUGACGUCCCGAUGAUCCUCAGUCGGCCUUCGGUCUGGCUUGGCCUGUCGAAGAAGCAGUUGACUACUGACUACUGCGUUGGUCUCUCUCCCCUUCCAAUCUGUUUCUUCUUCUUCUUCUUUAUGUUUGAGUGUCGUCGUUUUGUGUUCUUGUUCUUCUUUUAUCUACUUGAAUACAUGUCAGCUAUUGCAUUAGCAAAAAAAAAAAAAACUAAAAAAAAAAAAAACUUAUUUACACACAAUUGAAAUAAAAUGAAAU